AGGAGAAAAUGAAAAAAAAAAGGAAAAAGAAAAGAAAAGAAAAGAAAAAAACAGAAUAGUUUGUAUCUUUUCCAAGCCAUAUCCAAAUUUUUUAACAGUGAGACUUGGCUAUUCAGCGUUGGGUAUUCACAGAGAAAGGGAAAAUGGCUCAGGCUUACCCUCUUUGUUCUUCUCCCUCUUCUGGCUUCCAUGAAUGCAAAUCCAUAACCACCACUUCUAUCUCUUUCUCUUAUUCUUCGCGCAAUUUCAUUUUACCGAACUUCCCUUCUUCUUCCUACAAAUUCUGUUCUCAAUCCAAAACCUUGACCCACUUAUCCUUACAAGACUCUAUUGUUCUAGAAGAUGCAAAACUUGAGGACCCAGAUGCAAAGUCUUCAUCUUUAUCGAAAACUCACAUCUGGGUCAAUCCCAGAAGCCCCAGAGGCAAACUGCUUCUGAAGAAAAUUAAUGAUGGCAGCUCACCUCUCGUGAAACUAGCCAAGUCUAUGGAUUCGUGCGAUCCCAGCGAGCAACACGUCUCUGAAAUCCUGAAGGGUUUAGGGGACAAAGUUUUAGAAAGUGAUGCUGUGGGUAUUCUCGAUAACAUGGUGAAUCCCGAUACUGCGUUGCUUGCUGUUGAAUACUUCAAGCGGAAGAUUAAACCCACUAAGCACGUUAUUCUUUAUAAUGUGACCCUGAAGCUUUUUAGGAAGAUUGGGGAUUUUGAAGGAGCCGAGAAGCUGUUUGAUGAAAUGCUUCAAAGUGGGGUCAAGCCUAAUCUCAUUACGUUUUCAACUAUUAUUAGCUGUGCUGCCACGUGUUCUUUGCCACAUGAGGCUGUUAGGUGGUUUGAGAAGAUGCCCUCCUUCGGGUGUGAACCGGAUAACAACUUAAGCUCAUCUAUGAUAUAUGCUUAUGCACGUAUUGGUAAUGUUGAUGUGGCUUUGAACCUAUAUGAUCGUGCAAAGAGAGAGAAAUGGCAUGUUGAUAGGGUAGCAUUCUCAACAUUGAUUAAGAUGUAUGGGAUGUCAGGAAAUUAUGAUGGAUGCUUAAAUGUUUACAAAGAUAUGAAGGUUCUUGGUGGCAAGCCUAAUAUGGUAACAUAUAACACUCUGUUGUAUGCCAUGGCAAGAGCUAAAAGGGCCCGGCAGGCCAAGACUAUAUAUGAGGAGAUGAUAAAAAAUGGGUUUUCACCAAAUUGGGCAACCUAUGCAGCUCUUUUACAAGCCUAUUGUAGAGCACGAUGUAGUGAAGAUGCUCUGAGUGUUUAUAAGGAAAUGAAGGAAAAGGGAAAGGAUAUGACUACAGUCCUCUAUAACUUGCUCUUUGACAUGUGUGCUGAUGUUGGCUUCGCAGAUAAAGGUGUUGAAAUUUUUGAAGACAUGAAAAGUUCUUGGACUUGCCGGCCAGACAGGAUUACAUACUCAUCCUUGAUUAACAUGUAUUCCUGCAUUGGGAAAGUUUCAGAGGCAGAAGCAAUGUUGAAUGAAAUGAUCAAUUGUGGGUUUGAGCCUAAUAUUUUUGUUCUGACAUCACUUGUCCAGAUGUAUGGAAAAGCCAAGCGAACUGAUGAUGUUGUGAAGAUAUUUAAUCAACUCUUGGAUUUGGGCAUCAGUCCUGAUGAUCGCUUCUGUGAUUGUCUUCUGAAUGUUAUGACUCAAAUACCAAAAGAAGAACUUGGUAAGAUAACAGAUUGCAUUGAGAAGGCUAAUCCAAAGGUUGGUUCUUUGGUAAGAUAUUUUGUGGAAGAGCGAGAGGGUGAUGGAGAUUUUAGAAAGGAAGCAUCAGAACUUUUUAAAUCAAUUGAUGAUGAUGUAAAGAAGUCCUUUUGCAAUUGUCUAAUUGAUCUUUGUAUCAAUUCCAAUGUGCCGAACAGAGCACUUGACCUUCUGGACCUGGGGCUGAAGCUUGGGAUAUAUACAGAUAUACAGUCCAGGUCUCAAACAAAGUGGUCUUUGCAUCUAAAGAAACUUUCGUUUGGAGCUGCUCUUACUGCCUUACAUGCUUGGAUAAAUGACUUGUCUAAGGCUGUAGAAUCAGGGGAGGAGCUUCCAACGGUACUUGAAAUCAAUACUGGGCAUGGAAAACACAAGUUUUCAAAUAAAGGUUUUGCUAGUGUAUUUGAAUCACAUCUGAAGGAACUUAAUGCUCCAUUCCAUGAGGCUACUGAUAAGCCUGGUUGGUUUUUCACUACAAAUGUAGCAGCCAAGUCAUGGCUGCAGUCUAGGAGUUCAACUGAAAUAGUUGUUGGUUCGAACUCCAGCAUUUUAGGUGUUCCAAGAAUGACUCUUCCUCAUUGAUAAUGUUGUUUUAGGCAACUUUGUGCCAUGUAGGAUGUAGCUUUUAUGCAUUUUCCUUUACCUUGUGAGGAAAUUUUGGGUAGAUUCAGAAAAUAAUAUAUGUUUUAUUUUGGAUGUCUUAUAUUAGGAAUGAAGGCCUGAUACUAGUAUCUAGUGUAAUGGCUAGCUGUUCAGUGAUCUAGGAAGGUGUGAAUUUCUUCCAAAUUAUAUUACGUGCGCAACUCAGUUUUUUUUUUUUUUUUUUUAA